AUGAGUCACCCACCACGUUUUGAUAAGUCCAAAUCGUUAAUCUUUUCACCGGAAAUUCGCUUUCGUAUCAGACAAAAUUCGCUUCACGAGAUUACUCUUGUUAUAUUUUACUUUUAUACCACGAUUUUUAAAGGAAUUCCACAUGUUAGCAUGUUAAAUGAUAUCAUAACACCUGCAGGAAAUCCUUUCUACAAAUGGUUGUUUACUCGUUAUAGCAUUUCAUUAUUCGCUCCGAAAUUUAAUAUUUAUCCAUAUAAAGAACAAUGUGGUUUUUUUGGAAUUUUACCCCGCGUAUUACCAAAAUGA